CAGCUGUUAUUGAUUAGAGAAGCGAUAAAAUCCAGCCAACGCAAUUAUUGACAAUAAGACAAGCUCAAGGGGCCUUUUAGCAUUAUCUAACAUCAAUCAAUCGCUUGGAAUCAUCUGGAGGGCCCGCAAAUAAGGCAGACAGUUCCCAAAACAUGGCCAAGUUAGACGAACGCAUCGGCUUCAUCGGGGGCGGAAACAUGGCCUUUGCCAUUGGAUCCGGACUAGUGCGCUGUGGGAUCGUGAAGGCCAGCCAGGUGCUGGUGUCCGGUCCCCACAUCGAGAACCUGCAGCGCUGGCGGGAUCUGGGAGCUGUGACCAGCGACGACAACUGCGAGGUCCUGGAACACACGGACAUUGUCUUCAUCUGUGUCAAGCCGCACAUGCUCUCACCCUGCGCCGAGCAACUCAAGUACAAGCACGUACCGUCGGCCAAGGACGCCAGCAAGCUGAUUGUGUCGGUUCUAGCGGGAACAAGUCUUCAAAGGCUGGAGGAGGCUUUCAGCUUCAUGGGCAGCUCCGAACUGAAGGUGAUCCGCACCAUGCCCAACACAUCCAUGCAAGUGGGCGAGGGCUGCACUGUGUACACUGGCAACGCUCGCGUCUCCCUUCACGACUUGGAGAAGAUUCAUUUAAUGCUUAACGCCCUGGGUCUGGCCCAGCAAGUGCCGGAGACCAUGAUUGACGCCGUCACUGGAGUGGCGGGCUGCGGUCCGGCAUUCGUCUACACCAUCAUCGAAGCCUUGGCCGACGGCGGAGUUAAGCAGGGAGUUCCACGACAGAUGGCUAUUCAGUUUGCGGCACAAACGCUGCUGGGAGCGGCCAAGACGGUGCUCCUUACCGGCAAACAUCCGGCAGUGCUGCGGGACGAAGUUUGCUCCCCCGGCGGUUCCACCAUAGUCGGCGUCCACGAACUGGAAAAGGGAAACCUCAGGGCUACUUUGAUAAACGCCGUGGAAAAGUCGUCGCAGCGCUCCGCCGAGCUGGGAAAAAAGUGAGUCUGGAGAUACUCCGGAUCCUCACUUGCUCUCUACUUUAAGUGAAACGCUUGGUAUUGAUAUUACAAUAAUGACUAACAUAAAGCUUGAGUUUAUUCGCGAUCCUU